CCGACCCUUUUCGGAUUUCGUUUUCUCGAGAAUUGAAUUGAGAGAAAGCCACUUUUCGAUUCCCCGUCCCAUCGUUUUCCGGCCCAAUGGAGCGCGAUUAUCACUGCUCCGACGUUCUCGGAGCUGAUUCGGUGGGCCCGGACUCCACUCCCGGCGGCGUCCCCUGCGAUUACUGCACCGACCGGGCCGCCGUGCUCUUCUGCCGCGCUGACGCCGCCAAGCUCUGCCUCUUGUGCGACCACCACGUUCACUCCGCCAACGCGCUGUCGCGCAAGCACGUCCGGUUUCAGAUCUGCGAUGCCUGCGGCUCCGAGCCGGUUUUCUUCCGCUGCUCCUCCGAGAACCUCGUGCUCUGCCAGGAGUGCGACUGGGACGCCCACGGCAGCUGCGGCGCCGUCUCCGCCGCCCACGAUCGGGAAUCCGUCGAGGGAAUCUCCGGGUGCCCGCUUUCCGCGGAGCUCGCAGCCGUCUGGGGUUUGGAAAUCGAGGGCAAAAACUCCAAUUGGGAUCCGGGUCUGAAUCCGGUUUGGGCCGGGUUAUUAUCGGACCCAUGGAGGUCCAAGGAGUUCUCUCCUGAGUUUCUACUCCACGACUUAACAGUCCCUAGUAACAAUAACCCUACAGCCUAUCCCAACCCCGGCUGCCAAUUGAGCCAGAAGCAGAAUCCCAGUUGUGGAAGGAAUAGAACAGUGAUACUAAAACAGCUGGUGGAGAUGUUAAAGAGGGAGGGGAUUGAUGGUGGCGGUGGCGGUGUUGGUGGUGGUAGUGGAGGUGGAGGAGGAGGAGGAGGAGGAGGAGGAGAGGAUAUAGUGCCAAAGACGCCGAAUGGAGAUAGUGGAUGGCACGAAAAUGAGAGUAUGAUGGAGGGAGGAGGUGACGAGGCGAUGCUGGUUAUGAGUCAGGAGUUUGAACUAAAUCAGAAUGUGCCCUUUACUUCCUUGCUCAUGAUGCAGCAGGCUCCAAUGAUUCAGAAAGACAGUGAAGUGGAAGGGAACCUGUUCUGGAACACCACUUCUCGUAAUUCCCAGCAAAUAUGGGAUUUUAAUCUGGGGCAGUCAAGGGAACAUGACGAAUCGAGCCCUACAGAAGCAUGCUAUGGUUCAAAUGACAUGACAUAUAUGAUGAAAAGCUACAGUGAACUCCUAAAAGAAACAUCCUUAAACACUUCAAAGGCAUUGCAACUCACUCCAAUGAACUUCUCAGUCACUCAUGAUGAUGACAUAACAACUCUUAGUGGGACAGCGGCUGCAUCAGAGAGCAACAAUUUACAAAGGGCGCGACCUUCUUCGGUUUCCGACUAUGGUAAACCAAAUUGCCAUUCAAUCGACAUUCAAUUUAUGGACCAGUUGGCUCUAGCAGAAAGCGAAAUUGCAUCACCAUCCAUGACGAAGGCAGACUUAGAGCUGCUUGCCAAAAACAGAGGAAAUGCAAUGCAACGGUAUAAGGAGAAAAAGAAAACAAGGAGAUAUGACAAGCACAUCCGCUACGAAUCAAGAAAAGCAAGAGCCGAUAAGAGGAAGCGGGUGAAGGGUCGAUUUGUGAAGGCCACAGAAGCUGCAGACUAUUGAAUUUUUUUUUGUGCACUUGAGGAUCACUUUUCUUAGGUCCAAUCCUUUGCAGUAUUUUCUCUUGGAUGUAAAUAUUUUCUACAUUCUGCUUUCUUAUAACUGUAAUCUUUUUGUAGUGUUUUUAGCUGCCUUCCCCUUUGCACAAUAAUAGCUAAAUCACAUU